AAACAGAGAUGAUUGGUGAUCAUAUCUUUGAUCAUUUGUGUUACAGGUUGUGGCCAUAUUUGGGUUAGUUGCUUUCUCCUGGAGAGGGCCCUGAAACCUUCCUCUCUCCAUUUUUUUUUUUCCUUACCUCUUCUAAAGACCCUGGGCUACAGUGAGGAGACCUGGUGCCUUUGUAAUGGCAGGAGACAUUUACAUAUGAAUACUGCAGAAAAGAUAUUGCUACUCCUGAGAAAAUUCAUCCCGCCUCCUUCACUAUCUGGUUCUCACUACUGUGCCCCUGUUGAUUCAAAAGAGGGGGCAGAGACAUCACAGCUAGAUGCAGCUGUAUGAUAAAGGGAAAACAGUAUAGCUGAUAUGGCACUUCUCCCAUCAUAUAGCACUAAAUACGUAACAUACAGUUUUGUUGAGGGGGGAAGGAAAGGGAAGAGGGCUGUAACCCUCUUUGCAGUUUCACCUUCUACCACCUUCUAGUCCCUCUCUACACCUUUUCAGGUAGUUUCUUCUCUAAAUGAGAGAGGGAGUGCGGGAAAUAGAGGAGGAUUGCAUUAUUGCUGCAGGCACUGGGAAAACAACAUGGCAGCUCUGUCAUAUGGGCGAUGGUGGGGCAGCAGUUAACAUCAUUUGGUCCUAAUGCAGCUGCAGAAUUGUUCUUUUUUCCCCCACUCUUAUCCAGUGCAAAUGCAAAAAAAAUUUCUCAAAGCAAAAUAUUCAUUUUACUUUUGCUGCUCUUGGCUACUAUUUCACCCAUGAGAUAAGCAAAACUGGGAAUUCCUGGAGUACAUAUGACCAAGUGGCAUUGAGAUUUAAAGUGCAGAUUUGUUAGCUUGCUGAUAUAUUAAGUAAAAUCAUAGUCCUCUAUUGAAAAAAAAAGAGUGGUGAACUGAAGAACAUGUUUAUACUUCUUCUUGAGAAUGUUUUUGCAGUCAAGGAGAACUAAAUGUGAAGGUCAAGGAACUGAAUGUUAUUUAUUUGAAAAAUACAAAUUCAGUUCCUAUUUUUUGCCAGAGAAAUUCCUCAUAGCCACAUACACUUGGUAUUUAUUCUUCAUAAGCAGAACACCACUGAAAGUCAUAGAUACCACAGACCAGUGAGUAAAGACAAAAAAUCCUGUCAACUACAGAAAAAUAUUUUGCCUACUGUCAUGCAGGCAACACAGAGAACAGGGAGCCAUCUAGAGUUAGCAUAUUCAUCAUGCAGCAGCUGUCAGCCUGUAAAACAGGAACCACGAAGGAAAGGAGCAAGCCUUAAACUCCAUCUGUUUUUCUAAGGGCUGAAUGUUUACCCAGAACAAGAAGGUUUCUCCACCUACCUUGGUCCUUUUCUGAAGGAGAAAGUGUCCAGAAGAUUUCUGGAAAAAUGCUUUUCUACAUAUUCAUCUUUCUUGGGAUUAUUUCUGUGUGGUGGCAUUGGAGGACAAGAGAUAGGAUGAAGGUUACAAAACUCACUGGCAAAUAUAUAUUUAUCACUGGAUGUGACACGGGCUUUGGAAAUCUGGCAGCAAAGACUUUUGAUAAAAAGGGAUUUCGUGUUUUUGCUGGUUGUCUGACUGAAACGGGAGCCAAAGAGCUAGCAGCUGUGACCUCUAAGCAGCUUCAGACAGUGCUGCUGGACGUGAGAGAUUCCGACAGCGUUAAGAAAGUGGCUGCACGGAUCAAAGCAGAGGUUCAGUCUGAAGGUCUCUGGGGACUUGUCAAUAAUGCUGGGAUCAUGGGGCUAUUAGCUCCUACAGACUGGUUGGAUAUUGAGCACUUUAGAGAACCAAUUGAAGUUAAUUUAAUUGGACUCAUAAAUGUUACAAUAAAUAUGCUUCCCUUGAUAAAGAAAGCAAAGGGAAGGAUAGUAAAUGUAUCCAGUGUUGGAGGUCGUCUAGCAUUCAGUGGCGGAGGCUAUUCCCCUUCAAAGUUUGGGGUAGAAGCAUUCAAUGACAGCUUAAGGAGAGAUAUGAAGGCUUUCGGAGUGAAAGUUUCUUGCAUUGAACCUGGACUGUUCAGAACAGCAUUAUCAAAUCCAGCUAAGAUUAUGAAAGAAAAGGAAGUUAUCUGGAAUCAGCUUCUCCCCAGUAUUAAAAAGCAAUAUGGAGAUGCGUAUUUUCAGAAAGAUGCAGCAAAGAAAGAAAAGCUGUCCAAGAUCUGUCUUAACAGAGACAUUUCACUGGUUGUUCAGUGUAUGGAACAUGCGCUAACAAGCCUCCAGCCACGUACCCAUUACAUUGUUGGGAGAGAUGCUAAGGUUUUUUGGAAUCCCCUUUCAAAAAUGCCUGCAGCUGUACAAGACUUCUUACUUCUGAGAAACAGAGCAGAGCUUGCAGCUCCACAUGCAGAGUGAAGUCUUUGCCGAUAUAAUCGCAGAUGAUAAUCCUAAUCCUCAACCCAAAUGAGAUUGAGUCUAUAAUAUCUGUCCUUUAUUUCAACAUGAUCCAAACUGUACCUGAAAUACACCCUCAUUCCCUUACAUAAAUGUAAGGAAUAUAUCUAUUUCUCCCGUACCUGCUAUUAUGAAAAAAAAAUCUUUCCUUGUUUCAUUAUUUUGCCUCAUUCCUAAAGUGUAAAUCAGA